AUGGCGCCAACAUUUUUUCAGUCAAAAGCAAAAAAAUUUCUUAACCGAUCAAAGCGAGAGGCUUUAUGUGUGCUCGGACACAUACAACAACAACAACAACGAUACGCUAAGCAUUCAAGUUUGUACAAGAGAAGAAAUGAUGAUGAACUCGUAUGGAUGAAACAAGUCAAAAAGGUUUACGAAUUUUGUUUACUGCUCACCAGUCUCGGAAGAUGUUUGCUCUAUGUGCCAAUUUCAUUUUCAGACGACGAUUACGGCAGUAAAUGUCCCGUGGAUGUAGACAAGAUAUGCACGUUGAUAUGCUCCUUGAAUCAAUUAGGAAAUUUUGCAACAUCAUCAUUGUUGAAAAUCCAAAAGUACAAGGUUGUGGUGGAACGCUGUGAUGAUGUUUUAUUUGCGGUGUUUAUGGAUGCAAAUUCAGCUGCAAAAGCGAAUCGCUUACAAAUGAAAAGAAUUGUUGAUGAAUUUGUGUUCUUGUUUGAAAAACCAAUUGCUGACAUUAAGAGCAUUGAGAACCAGCUUGUUGAACAAAACUCCAAAAACUUUGUUUUUAAAAUUAAGGAAAAAGAAAAAGAGGAGUUCACACCAGUGAACAGAUACCCAGUGUUAUGUAGAUUCAGUGACAUUAUUAAAUCGAAAUUGUUUGAGAUAGAGCAGUUGGAAGAGUUGACAUAUGAUCAAACGUUCAAACAAAUCAAUUCACUACAGAGAAUCCUAAUAGUAGAUUCUUCUUUCACACCUUUAACAGAGUUUGCUCGAGAGAAGAAAAAUAUGAAUUUUGCCACAACCCUUGAAUGGAAAUAUAUUCAAAAACUUUGCGCAAGGAGCCGUACGCUUUUUAGAGAUGCUUCUGAGGAGUCACUCUUUUCUUACUUCUUAGUGAACAAGGCAGUUGUGAUAACAGUGGAGGAGAGAAGAAAUGAUUAUUUGUUUUACAUCUUUACGAUUGAAAUAGGUGGCACGAACAAUCUCCAAAUUCAGUUCAACAAUGACGGCACAGGAACUAUAUGGAAUCUAUCAGUGGUAGAACCCCAAGUAGCUACCUCAAUUUCCUCGUUUAUGCAGCAAGUGAGAAACAAGACUCAGAUGAACCUUGAACAGAAAGAACAAAUUGAACGAGAAUGGACAUCAAGAUCACUAACAAUUGCCUCAAAAAACGGAAGAAAGUUUUUCAAAAACAAGAAUAUUUCCACUGUGAUAACCCCAGCCGACGACGAUUUUACAAAAUACACACCACGACCACCUCCAUCCAUAGAUCCUAAAUAUCAACAACAACAACCUCCUCAAACAUCUCCUAACGAACGGUUUGUUCGAAGCUACAAAAUACAAGAACAGAAAUGA